UUAUUUAAAAAAAUGUUCCCAGAUUCCGACAUCGCAAAAAAGUAUGGGUGUGGACAUACCAAGACCCAGGCAAUAACUGUUUCCACUGCUGAGGGGAUAAGAGAGAGUACUCUAAGUAAGCUCAGAACAUCAUUAUUUUCUCUUUCCACUGACGGAAGCAAUGACAUAUUAGAUAAAAAGCUAUAUCCUUUAAUUUUUAAUUAUUAUGAUGAAGAAAAAGGACAAAUCGUAUCAUCACUGGUUUCUUUAUCUGAAUCAACUAACAACACUGGUGAGGGAAUUUUUCAACUUCUUGAUGGAGAGUUUAAAAAAUAUCUACUGAAGUGGGAGAGUUGCAUAGCAUUCAGUUCUGAUAAUGCUAACACAAUGGCUGGAUGUAAUAAAGGUGUUUUGAGCUAUAUAAAACAGAAGCAACCAAAUAUAAAAUUCAUUGGAUGCCCUUGUCAUUUGGUUCAUCUAGCAGCUCAAAAAGCUACAGCAUCAUUGCCCGUUGAUGUGGAGAAUUUGGUGAUAAAAGUUUUUUACUACCUUGAAAAGAGUAGUAAAAGAAAGCAUGAAUUUAAAAACUGUCAGAUAGAAUGUGAUGUGAAACUUUACAAGAUUUUAAAACAUGUUUCAACUCGGUGGUUAAGUUUAGAAAAUUCUCUAAAGAGACUAGUUGAGCAGUGGAACCCAUUGCUAAUUUUUUUUUCACAGUCCGAUGUUAAAGAGAAUGCUAGCUCAGAAAAAAUAAAAUAGUUCCUGAAAUCAAAC